UACGUUACCGUCACACAGAUACCGAAGAGAAAACACCAAACACGUUGCUAGCUUUCCCCUCGGAGUACAUGAUCAUUCAUGGAGCCGAGUCGAGUGUGCCAAGCCACACACCCACACCGCAAGUUGGCCAAUGGAAAGCUUGCGCUGUUCACGGCGACGCCCACCUUUGGCCACUGUCGUGCGUGCGUGUUUGGGGCGCUCCCCAUGACUUCACCGUGCAGGAAUAUAUUAUGAGCCAACGAUGGAGAUGGGUUCUGCUACCUGUUCCUGAUCGCCUCAUUUGGAGAGCGCAGUAGCUGUCAUGGCAGCGAUGGCUAUGUCGGGUGCCGUUCUUGUUGCUCUUCUGGCCGCCUCCACCUUCUCUCUCCCGUCUGCCGCCGCCCAUGCAACCACCAAUGUCUUCGCUCUCGACGCUUUGGUUAACCGGACCUCCACCCUCCUCUCCGCAGUGAAGCUGCCCCCUUCUCUCCGCUCGUCGAUCUUUGAGUUCGUAGAGUCCUUGAGCGAGUUCUCGCCCGAGCAUUUAGAGGCCGUUUUGGUGGAGGUGCGGAAAAGGGCGAUCGCGCCGGCGCUGCGAGUGGCGAUCCUUCUGUGCCUGGUCAUGUCGGUGAUGCUAAUGCUGGAGGCCAUGUACAUGAGCGCCGUGAGCCUCGGCGUGAAGCUGCUCCACCGGACGCCGGAGAAGCGCUACAGGUGGGAGCCUAUAACAGGGGAUGAGGAGCUGGGGAGCUUGGCCUACCCCAUGGUGCUCGUCCAGAUCCCCAUGUACAAUGAGAAAGAGGUCUACAAGCUAUCUAUCGGAGCAGCAUGCGCUCUCACAUGGCCUCCAGAUAGGAUCAUCAUCCAAGUUCUCGAUGACUCCACCGACCCCAUGAUCAAGAACUUGGUGGAGCAGGAAUGCAGAACUUGGGCAAGCAAAGGCAUCAACAUAGCUUAUGAGGUCAGAGAAAACAGGAAGGGAUACAAAGCAGGAGCUCUAAAGAAAGGAAUGGAGCAAACGUAUGCCCAACAAUGUGAUUAUGUUGCCAUCUUUGAUGCUGAUUUCCAACCAGAAUCUGAUUUCCUCAUGAGAACUAUACCCUUCCUCAUGUACAAUUCCAGGAUCGCUCUGGUUCAGGCACGGUGGGAUUUCGUGAAUUACAGUAAGUGCCUGAUGACCAGGAUUCAGAAGAUAUCGCUUGAUUACCACUUCAAAGUAGAGCAAGAGUCAGGCUCAUCUUCCUAUGCCUUCUUCGGCUUUAAUGGAACUGCUGGCGUGUGGCGAAUAUCUGCUAUCAAUGAAGUUGGAGGCUGGAAAGAUCGAACGACGGUUGAGGACAUGGACUUGGCUGUUCGAGCCAGUCUCAAGGGCUGGAAAUUCUUGUAUGUUGGUGACGUCAAGGUCAGAAGCGAACUCCCAAGUACCUUCAAGGCUUACCGACAUCAACAGCAUCGAUGGACCUGUGGAGCUGCCAACUUAUUUAGAAAAAUGGCACGCGACAUUGUACUCGCAAAGGAGGUAUCCCUGUUGAAGAAAAUCCAUGUGAUCUACAGUUUCUUCUUUGUUAGAAGAGUUGUGGCCCCGAUCGUCACCUUUGCAUUCUACUGCAUCGUGAUUCCAGUAUCAGUUGUAGUACCAGAAGUAAGCAUUCCGAUAUGGGGGGUGGUCUACAUCCCGACAACAAUUACCGUUCUCAAUGCCAUCAGAAAUCCCAGCUCCCUUCACAUAAUGCCAUUCUGGAUUUUGUUUGAGAACGUCAUGUCCAUGCACCGGAUGAAAGCAGCCUUGAUCGGUCUACUGGAGACAGCAAGCGUAAAUGAAUGGGUUGUGACACAGAAGCUUGGAGACACCCUGAAAGAGAAGAUGGAAACCAAUGUUGCAGAAUCCACAAGAACAAGCUUCAUAAGAGACAGGGUGAGCUUCUUGCAGCUCGGGUUUGCGGUCUUCCUCAUGUGCUGUGCUUCCUACAAUGUUGCCUUCGCAGUGAACUACUACUAUGUGUACAUCUACCUUCAAGCAUUUGCAUUUGUCGUCAUGGGUUUCGGCUACGUUGGCACAUUCACCACCAACUCCUAGUUGUUGGCCAGCUGCAAGAUUGCCAUUCAUGAUUUCUGUACCAUUGAAACCGAUUCUUUUACUGCUUGUUCGAAGACAUAAUAAUCGAAAUUUUUUGUUCGUCGA